AAACAUUUUAAUAUUGUACAUCCACGAGAGUUUAGCCAUUUUUUUUUUCUAUAUUAACAACCGCCGAAUUCUGAAAGAAAAAAUUGUAUUUUCUAUUAAAUUAAAUAAAAUACCUCAGUAAAAUCAAUUAUUAAAAUGGCUAGAGACCGCUCAGGUUCGGCAGAAGCUGAAAAGGAAAAAGAUAAAAAACCAGCAAUUCGCGGACGGGAGCGCGACCGCAGGCGUCGAGGUUCCGCCAGUAGUAGCAGUGAUAGCAGUGCUAGCUCAUCAGACAGCAGCUCUUCACGUAGCAGUUCAGGUUCUGGAUCACGUUCCAGUUCAUCAGACUCAUCCUCCUCAGGUUCAUCGUCUUCAAGUUCGUCAAGUGGCUCAGAUCGUGGUCGUACUCGUAGGAAGAGCGUAUCUCGUUCAAAAUCCCCAGCCGCAAAGGCUCCAGUGCGCAAGGAAUCCAAAGAAAGAGAUUCCACUCGCACCAAAGAUCGUCCUCGUGACGAUGAUCGCAACAAAAAACGCAGCAAAUCUCGUUCAAAGGAACGAGUUCGCUCACGAUCUCGCAGUGGAUCUAGAUCGCCGCGUCGCAAGCGUCGUGAACGCUCACCCACACCAAAGCCCGUUCGCAUCCACAUCGGUCGUCUGACCCGUAACGUCACAAAAGAUCAUGUUGUUGAGAUUUUUAGCUGCUUUGGCGAAGUGAAACAAGUCGAUUUCACAACUGAUCGCUUCCAUCCGACAUUCGGACGUGGAAUGGCUUAUGUGGAAUUCUCCAAUUCCGAUGAAUGCGAGAAUGCAAUGAAACAAAUGGAUGGUGGCCAAAUUGAUGGACAAGAAAUCACAGUGGCACCGGUAUUACAACAAAAGAUUCGUCCUCCAAUGCGACGAAUGUCACCGAUGAUGCGCAGAGGACCGCCACCACGUUGGCGUUCACCAUUCCGUUUCAAUCGGAAUAGAAAUCGAUCACCGAUAAGACGUCGCAGUCCACGUCGUCGAUCUCGUAGCCCAAUUCGCAGAAGGAGACGCAGUAAUAGCUCAGACAGUUCACGUUAAGGAGAAUAAAAUACAAAAAAAAAAGAGGCGGAGGACAAAUAUUUUAAAUUAAAAAAAAAUUUUCAUCCUUGACUACACACUUUUAAGUCUCAGAAAUAAUAAACUUCAUACAUUUUUUUUUUAAA